UUAUUUUUAUAGGUGCCGAGGAAUUAGUCUAUCUAGCUAACAUACCCCAAAUCUUGUUCGAUCAUCUCUCCUCUCCGACGCCUUCAUUUUGAAAUCGCUGCAGAUGGCGUCCUCUACUCUAAUCUGUGAAUCGCAGCCAUGGAAGGACCUGAAAGGCCAUAUUGAUGAGAUCAACAGUACUCAUUUGCGCAAUCUGAUGAGCGAUGCCGAUCGCUGCAAGUCCAUGAUGGUGGAGUUCGAUGGGAUUUUGUUGGACUAUUCAAGGCAGCGGGCAACUCUUGAGACCAUGAAAAAGCUCUUGAGUCUGGCUGAGGCUGCACAUCUCAAGGAGAAGAUUAACCGGAUGUUCAACGGGGAGCAUAUAAACAGCACGGAGAAUCGAUCUGUUCUUCAUGUAGCACUGCGUGCUUCCAGGGAUGCAGUCAUAAACAGUGAUGGGAAGAAUGUGGUCCCAGAUGUCUGGCAAGUUCUUGAUAAGAUCCAAAACUUCUCCGAGAGAAUUCGAAGUGGUGCUUGGGUUGGAGCCACAGGGAAAGAAUUGAAAGAUGUUGUAGCUAUUGGUAUAGGAGGCAGCUUCUUAGGUCCUUUAUUUGUGCACACUGCCCUUCAAACGGAACCAGAGGCUAUGGAAUGUGCAAAAGGGCGUCAACUGCGUUUUCUUGCAAAUGUCGACCCAAUUGACAUUGCCAGGAAUAUUACAGGCUUAAAUCCUGAAACCACCCUAGUUGUGGUGGUCUCAAAGACGUUUACGACUGCUGAAACUAUGCUGAACGCUAGGACUAUGAGGGAAUGGAUCUCAUCUGCUUUGGGGCCUCAGGCUGUUGCAAAGCAUAUGGUUGCUGUUAGCACUAAUCUUACACUCGUAGAAAAAUUUGGCAUUGAUCCUAAUAAUGCUUUUGCAUUCUGGGACUGGGUGGGAGGCCGCUAUAGUGUUUGCAGUGCUGUUGGAGUUUUGCCUCUUGCUCUGCAAUAUGGGUUCCCUAUUGUUGAGAAAUUUCUAAAGGGAGCUUCAAGUAUUGAUCGACAUUUUUAUUCAACACCUUUUGAGAAGAAUAUACCCGUGCUUUUAGGCUUGUUGAGCAUUUGGAAUGUCACAUUCCUUGGAUACCCUGCCAGAGCUAUUUUACCUUAUUCUCAAGCAUUGGAAAAGCUUGCACCACAUAUUCAACAGGUUAGCAUGGAGAGUAAUGGAAAAGGGGUAUCUAUUGAUGGUGUACCUCUGCCUUAUGAGACUGGUGAAAUUGAUUUUGGGGAACCUGGGACAAAUGGCCAACACAGCUUUUACCAAUUAAUUCACCAGGGUCGUGUUAUUCCUUGUGAUUUUAUUGGUGUUGUGAAGAGUCAGCAACCUGUAUACUUAAAAGAUGAAGUGGUGAGUAACCAUGAUGAGCUCAUGUCCAACUUCUUUGCACAGCCAGACGCCCUAGCUUAUGGGAAGACCCAAGAAGAGUUGCAGAAGGAGAAUGUUCCACAACAUCUUGUUUCUCACAAGACAUUUUCAGGCAACAGACCUUCGCUAAGCAUACUCCUUCCAUCUCUUAAUGCUUAUAAUAUUGGACAGUUGUUGGCAAUCUAUGAACACAGGGUUGCUGUGCAAGGGUUUAUAUGGGGUAUCAACUCUUUUGAUCAAUGGGGUGUGGAGCUAGGAAAGUCAUUAGCUACACAAGUGAGAAAGCAACUGAAUGCAUCCCGGAAGAAGGGAGAAUCAAUUGAAGGAUUCAAUUUCAGCACCAAAACAAUGUUAUCAAAAUAUUUAGAGGCGAGUUCCGAUAUUCCUGCUGAUCCUCCUACUGCUCUACCCAAGGUUUAACUGCUUAAAAGUUGAUGCAAAUAUCAGAGCUUGAGUUUAUGGUUCUGUUGAGUUGCAUAUUGGAGCAUAAAGGAACUUUUGCUGUUUUCUGGGGUUUUUAUUGCUAUCCAAAUUUUGGUUGUGUUUCCUGCAACAAACACUUGAAAAUCAACGACGUAUGAUUAUCUCAAUCAAUAAAACUUGAUUGCCAUUGCCAUUUAUGCCA